CCGUCUCGUAUGCAUGCCUAUCCCGGGAAUGGUGUAGUCAGCCCGUAUCUGAAUUAUUUAUAGACUCGUGCCAGCUGUUUGUUUUUUUUUAAUUUUUUUAAUUAUUAUUCCGCUUGUGUGCACUGUUAGGAAAUGCGUUUUGCCUCCCUUUUUUCUCAAUAUAUUAAUGUCUUUGUUGGGGAGCGGUUUUUAUCCCCUUCAGACCCCUCUAAUACAAAAUUGAUGCUUAUUUUUCCCUUCAGGAAGGGGACGCUUUGAGGAUAAUCAUGCUUCACAGAAGAACGGCACCGACCUCCAGUUGCUUUAAACACAACCUCCUCCACUAGGGCUCCAGGGAAAAAAAAAAAGAAAAAAAUAAUUAUAAGAAUAAUCAUUAAAAAGGCAAAAGGAAUGCUUACUCUGGAACCUGCAUUUGAUGAUCCUCACCUCUCGCGCUGAAUAUCCUCUGAAGUGAUUCUCUCCAGCUUUUGAAUUUGCACCACUUCAAGACGCAAGAUUGCCACAAAGAAUCCUCUAAUUUUUUUUUAAAGCCAAAUAGGAUUUUCUUUCAACUCAUUCCCCUGCAUUUGCCCCCCGACCCUUAUUCUUCUUAUGUGGAUAUGCAAGCAAGAAGAGGAGACUGGACAUUCCCAACAUGCUCUCUCCCUUGAUCUGUCCGUCUAGAGGUUCUGCUUCUACUAACCAAGGGAGUGUAAGUGCCAAAGAUGAGGCCCAGGGUGGAGUGCUACUCUCCAAGGUUUUGGCUGGUGCUGGCAGUCCUUGCGACAACAGGGAGUGGGGCCCAUGCCCAGAAAAGCCACCCGAGCAUUGGCAUUGCAGUCAUCCUGGUGGGGACCUCAGACGAAGUGGCCAUCAAAGAUGCCCACGAGAAAGAUGACUUCCACCACCUAUCAGUGGUGCCUCGGGUAGAGCUGGUGGCCAUGAAUGAAACAGAUCCCAAAAGCAUCAUCACCCGCAUCUGUGACCUCAUGUCAGAUCGGAAGAUUCAAGGGGUGGUAUUUGCUGAUGACACCGACCAGGAAGCCAUUGCCCAGAUCCUGGACUUCAUCUCUGCCCAGACCCUCACUCCCAUCCUGGGCAUCCAUGGAGGCUCCUCUAUGAUCAUGGCAGAUAAGGAUGAGUCAUCCAUGUUUUUCCAGUUUGGCCCAUCAAUAGAACAGCAAGCCUCUGUCAUGCUCAACAUCAUGGAAGAAUAUGACUGGUACAUCUUCUCCAUUGUCACUACUUACUUCCCUGGUUACCAGGACUUUGUGAACAAGAUCCGCAGUACCAUUGAGCACAGCUUUGUGGGUUGGGAACUGGAGGAGGUCCUCCUGUUGGACAUGUCCCUGGACGAUGGGGACUCAAAGAUCCAGAACCAGCUCAAGAAGCUCCAAAGCCCUGUUAUCCUCCUCUACUGCACAAAGGAAGAGGCCACCUACAUUUUUGAGGUGGCCAACUCUGUGGGUCUGACAGGCUAUGGUUACACGUGGAUCGUGCCCAGCCUGGUGGCAGGGGAUACAGACACAGUGCCAUCCGAGUUCCCCACUGGGCUCAUCUCUGUCUCAUAUGAUGAAUGGGACUAUGGUCUUCCUGCCAGAGUGAGGGAUGGAAUAGCCAUAAUCACCACGGCUGCUUCUGAUAUGCUGUCUGAACACAGCUUCAUCCCUGAGCCCAAGAGCAGCUGUUACAACACCCAGGAGAAAAGGAUUUACCAGUCCAACAUGCUCAACAGGUAA